UCUAGAUAUGUAGGCAUAUAGUGUUAUCUAGAUAUGUAGGCAUAUAGUGUUAUCUAGAUAUGUAGGCAUAUAGUGUUAUCUAGAUAUGUAGGCAUAUAGUGUUAUCUAGAUGGGUCUGUGGUGUUAUCUAGAGGGUUCUGUCCUGUAGUGUUAUCUAGAGUUAUGCCUCUAGUGUUACCUAGAAAGGUCUAGAAUAGGAUAUGAUGGAGAGAGACACUAGACAGCAACAGAAGGGGGACAUUAAAUGUCAGCUUCAAAUGGGUAGGGACGUCCCAAGGAUCCCGGAUAGCAAGGAUAGUGGAUGGCAUACCAGUCUUGGCAAACAUGCACACACCUUUUAAAAAACACUGUUGCCGGGUAAAUCAGUUCUCUUCUUUAUAGACGGUAUGCACCGGUUUCCAGACCCAUAUUAAGCCUAUUCCUGGAAUAAAAAUGGAGGUUCUCUUUAAGUAUCAUUGCUCAGCAGGGACCACAGUAUGCAGACUCACAGAGAGAAAACACUACUUUAACACUACAGCGCCAUCAUCUGGACUGGAAGCAGAACUGCUCUCUCUCGUUCUGUAUAUGCUGUGUUCCGUCAUGUUCUGUAGUUCUGUCAGCUGGCUGGUGGGGGCACUGUGAGGCUGGCUGGUAAAAUGAAAUCUGUUUUCUAGACACACACACACACACAAAGGCACCUGUCUGGAACGUUCUGGUCUCUGAUUGGUUAACCAUAGAGGGAGAGAGAGAGAAACCUGACAAACUGUUCUUAGGUUUCUGAAUCUGAGCCACAAGGUUAGGUUUCUGACUGAGAUAAUACCUGUGGAAAAGCAGACAGACUUCUGGUUCAGUGAGGGAGAAGAUAAAUAUUCCAGAAGUCUUCACUCUGAAACCAACCAGGACAGGACACUAGAACAGCAGAACCAGCCAACCAGUGCAGCAACAGCCUAUUCUACAGACCGGUCAGAACAGUAAAGAGACAUUCUAGACCAGAAACUAGCAUUCUAGAACAGAACAGGGCAUUUUAGAACAGGACAGGACACUCUAGAAGAGUACAGGACACUCUAGAAGAGUACAGGACACUCUAGAAGAGUACAGGACACUCUAGAAGAGUACAGGACACUCUAGAAGAGUACAGGACACUCUAGAAGAGUACAGGACAAUCUAGAAGAGGUACUGGACAGAACACUCUAGAAGAGUACAGGACAUUCUAGAACUGUACAGAACACUCUAGAAGAGUACAGGACAUUCUAGAACUGGACAGAACACUCUAGAAGAGUACAGGACAUUCUAGAACUGGACAGAACACUCUAGAAGAGGUACAGGACAUUCUAGAACUGGACGGAACACUCUAGAGGAUGAGGAACCUCCUGACCACCGAGAACCAGAACUGUUACCGGGAGCAGAUAGAGAAGGAGUUCUACGCCCGGCUGGCCUGGAAGAGCCGCUACGGACGAGACUACCCCACCAGCUUCGUCUCCCGCAGGGCCAAUGAGCAGGUAGGGCUGAGGCUCCCUGAGCUCCCCCUGACCACCUCUAAGACCAUCCUGCCACCUGUGUUAUCUACCCUGGAGAGGAGGAGAGAGGCUGCAGUGCCCAUGGACAGGUCACUGAGCGAGGCUCCUCUGAUGAGAGCAGUGACACCCCAGACCAAGGAAUCUCUCUACCAGGGUUUUUCCAAGGAGGGGAAGGGGCGCAGCCUGUACCUCCACACACGCACCCAGAAAGGCCCAGAGGAGAAGUUUGACUACCCUCUACUGUCUUCCUGGGACUACGGAUGGAGACUGGGUGACUAUGGAAGAGACUACAGGUCGCCAGCCAAUGGAAGAUCAGGACUCGUGAGGAACACUUUUUACGCCAGGAAUGGAAUUUUCAAUUUUCCCUCCGAAACUGAUCGCCUUGGAUGACGAGGAUGACGAGGAUGACGAGGAUGACGAGGCUUCAUUUCUCACCUGGUUUUUAUACUUUAUUGAUGAAGAAUAACUUUCAUUUGUUUUCACUGUAUGAGGAUGCUAUCUUUGUUUGAUUUAUAACAUAUUCUCUUCUAUAGGAUAAACAGAUGUGUGUUAGCUAUAAAUAAUGUUCAUGUGCCGUUCUUAGGAAAACGCUGUUACUUUACAUAUACACACUGUUAUAACUGUUGGAGACAAUGUGUUGUUAUAAUAACAUGUGUUUGGAUAAAACUUUUUCUAGUCA